GGCCGGUAAUCGCAGGUGCUCUGUGCCCCGCCGAAGAACAGCCACAGCGAGACGCAAAAGAGGGAUAACCGCUUCAUCUUCGAGCUUUUCUCUGCUGCAUAAUUAUGUCACAUGACUGUCAGAUCUGACCUUUGAACCUUUCCAUGCGCGCGCGACCAGGAAAGAUGGCGGUAGUCCCGCGACUAGCGGCCUACCAUUGGCCCUGCAGACUCAUGCCCAGUGCGUCCGCCUUGCCUCCAUCCUCACCCUGGCAAAGACGGUUACUGUCACUGAUAUUCGCAAGGCAAUCUUCCAGGGCCUCCAAGAGAAUGCUAAAACUGGGAAUCGGACCUGACGGGAAGCCCCUCCCCCAACCCAACAAGAAGAGGAUCCAUCCUCGCAUGUACCCUGUCCUAGUGGUCAAUCAAGACGGUUCGACCUACACCAUGAGACACAGGACCCCACUCCGGAUCCUGGCACUGCCGCUGGACCCCGCGACACUGACCCCGGAGGAGAGAGAGGAGAGAGAGAGGGCGAGACGAGCGGCCAGGGAGAGGGUUUACGUGGAAGAAGAUGUGGAGGAGGAUGAUUGGGACCAGGACCACUAUAGGAGGCUCAUUGACAGAUAGCAUCAUCCAUCAUUUAUCAUUUAUCAUGUUCCACAUAAACUAUUCACCCAACGCAUUCUUUCACUGCAGCUAUACAUUCAUAAUUGACCGAAAACUCUAUAACAUUAUGCUCGCUCUUUUGAAACUUGAGACUCUUUCGCUACGUGAAGAGUGGAUUGACGUAAUUACAGCAUGAGGUACAAAACAGAUAUACAGUAUUUAUAAAACAGGUUUGCAUGAAAGUUUGUCUAAAUAACAAAAUGUUGCAUAUUAUAUACAUUAUUGAACUGAAAAUUCAUGAACAGAGCAAUUAAUAAACAGAGGAGAGCUCAACGAUAAGUGAAAGGAUUGAGAAUAGAAUAAUGCAUACGAACAUAGAUGACACAGAGAGACACAGGUUCAGUCCCAGUUUAUUUUGAACUUUGUCACCCGUGGACUGCAGGCCAGUAUGUUUCUCUGUAGCUGUGGAAGAUAUAGAGUCAGUAGAGCAGCAUCUGAGAGCUGGGAAACCCGACUAACCUUCUCAAAAACAGGUUUUGCAGGCGGGUUUUCUGCCAGCUCUGGGUCCGUGUACUCGUUGUUGACGUAGUAACCGACCCGAACAAACUCGUUUGACCGGAACGAACAGGUUAAGAGGACGACUGUCACGCCCACCACGUCCUCCUGUGGCAACUUUUCAGGGUUUG